UCAAUACUGAAACAGUUGAAUCAUGGCUAGCUGUAGUUUUAAGAUCCUGCUGUAUUUUAUCAUUCACUUAUGGAAACUUGAACAGAUUCAUAGUGCAGUGUCUUGCGUUGGUGAAAAUGGAAAAUAUGUUGAUUGGUUUAUAGUUUACAAGUUGCCGAAAAUUAAAGAAUCCGCUCGUCGUUAUGUGACAAUGGGGCUUGGGUAUGCUUAUAUGGACAGUGAAACAAAACAGUUUACACUAUCCGACAAAUCGAUUGGGAGCAAUGUAAGCGCAGUUGGCUAUACCUUGCAGCAGAUUUAUGCAGCAGCAAACGGUACAGGAUACAUCAUGUAUAAUGACGAAGAUCCUGAAGGACACCAGCCACUUAACAGAGGUCACACGAAGGGAGACCUUGCAUUCGACAAAACGUCAGGAUUCUGGUUAAUACACAGCGUUCCCACGUUUCCACCUUGUGCAACAAAGUCGUACAAUUAUCCUGAAUCUGGUGAGAUAUAUGGACAGUCGUUUAUAUGCGUCACUUUCAACUAUUCAGUUUUUAAUGAAAUUGGUAACCAACUCUUGUACAAUGGUCCAAAUAUCUACGAUAAUUUUCUACCAGAAUAUCUUGCCAGUGGUGUACCAAAUAUCCAGAAGGCAAUUGAUGGAAAAUACAAAUACAACAAGCCAUACGAAAACGUGGUGAAGCUGAAAUCGGCGGGAGGUACAACGCAUACAAGUUUCGCAAAAAGUAAAUACUUUGAAAGCGACCUGUAUAGCAAUCUUGUUGCACCUUUCUAUGAUACUGACCUUUUGGUUGAAACUUGGCAGAACGGUGCGGGAAAGUUACCACCAAACUGUAGUGCACUGACCGUAGAGAAUGUAUCGGAAAUACGUUUGGCAGGAGAAUCCUUUAAAGAGACUAAGGACCAUUCCAAAUGGACUGUUUCCAAGAUGGCAUCGGAAGAAUUGGUGUGCAUUGGUGAUAUAAAUCGAAUGAAAAGCCAGUUUAAACGAGGUGGUGGCACGUUGUGCACAAAUAAUGCUGACAUCUGGAAAGCGUUUCGAGAAGCUGUCACAUCAUUUAAAUCUUGUCCAGAAUUUACCGCUUGAGCCGAAAUCAGAGCACAACAAUAAAAUUUAAUUAUUUAGUAACAAUAUUACGAGCAUACUUAAAGGAAUACUUUGAACUUUUAAUAGUGCCCACCUGUGCACUUGAUUGUUUUUCUUGAUCAGGGUAAUUUACGUUGGCAUAAUUAUAUUUGUGCAUGCAUUUAUAUACCAUAAAUGCAUGGAGGAUAAACUAUAAAACUAUAUACAACAGUAUGGAAGAUAAACUAUAAGACUAUAAAUGUUUAGGUAACAAAAUCUAUA